AUGAAUUAAAUAAAAUAUUAUUAUAAAUAUAAAACGUCUGUUCAUUUGUACGGGUAAAAAUGUAGUGACUUUAUAUUUGAAAAACUCUGAUCUGAUUUGCCAUCCGCUUAAUGGACGCAAAUCACAUGGCCUUGUUGAUUGAGUGAGAUUUGAUAUAUAUAUAUAUAUAUAAUUUUAUUAGAAAAAUAUGGUGUGCAUUAAUCACCAAGCUUGAAACUCUUAACUAAUUUCCCACCAACCGUGGAUGGCUCUGAAAUAAUAUAUCUUUUGUUGUUUUCCUUCUCCAACAAGCUUCGGUAUCUCCGGCUCGCAAAACCCUAGCUCACUGCCAUGUCGCCGUCGGGCGACAGAGCCAUUAACGGCUGUCGCUGCUCCUUUUCCUCCGGCGAGAAUGGUGGUUUUCACGAUGGCGCCGCCGAUUAUGGUCUCCCCGGAUCGCAUGACGAGACUUGCACGCAUUGCGCGAGAUCCAAACCUUCGUCAUAUUCGUCCUCUGUGCUUGGUUUUGAUACGAUUCUGUUAACGGACUCGGAGAAGCUGCGGAGAAUUGUGGUCGCUUCAGCUAAAGGCUUCUCAAUUGGAGCUGGCCUUAAAGGUGGCUUAGCUCUCUUCUCGAUUCUAGCACGCUUGCGGCGCAAAAAAUCCAGGAAAGUUGAGGCCUUUUCUGAUAAAGAAGCAAUUUCUAUGGCGAUUAAGGAAACACUUAGAUACGGCCUUUUUCUUGGAACUUUUUCCGGUACAUAUGUUUCAGUAGAUGAAAUUAUUGGUGCUCUCGGAGGACAUAACAGGACUGCGAAAUGGAGGGCAUUAGUAGCAGGACUGGUUGCAGGGCCUUCCAUGCUUCUUACUGGGCCUAAUACACUGCAUACGAGUUUGGCUAUAUACAUACUCAUGCGAGCUGCUGUAUUGGCAUCACGCUGUGGAAUAAAAAGUAAACGGUUUGGGAAGCUUUGUAAACCGCUUACUUGGAAGCAUGGUGACAUAUUCCUUAUGUGUCUCUCCUCUUCGCAAAUUUUGUCCUCUUUCCUUCUGAAGCAAGAUAGUUUACCCUCAUCAUAUAAGUCCUUUCUCAGAAAACACUGUGGAAAGGAUAAUGUUCUUCUGCAUGGUGUAAAAGAGCUUGCAAGUGGGCUUCCAUUCACUAAUUUGGAAGAAAUAGAAAAAUUUUACAAGGCAACAGGAGUAGACAUUAAAUUAGAUCCAAACAUGAAAGUCCCCUGUACGAUGAUACACGGGAAUCAAUCAUGCAGAGCACAUGUUGUUACCUUUUUUAUUGAAGCAUAUAAAAGGGCAUUACCUGUAUAUCUUCCAGUUUAUUUGAUUCCUACAUUGAUAGUUCAUCGGCAAGGCCUCUUGAAAAGGCCUUUCACAAUAUUAGGAAAGAGUAUUAUUGGUACUGGCAGAUCAAGCUUAUUUUUAUCUUCCUAUUGCACAUCUGCUUGGAUGUGGACUUGCCUGAUGUUUUGGUUUAUCAGAAAAUGUAACAUACCGAUGGUGGUAAUUGGAACGUUUCCACCGGGUCUGGCCUUGGCUUUUGAGAAGAAAAGUAGGCGGAUUGAGAUAUCAAUCUACUGCCUUGCACGAGCCAUAGAGAGCUUCUUUAUAUGCAUGGCUGAUGUCGGGUAUUUGCCAGAGUCGAUGAAUCUGAAGAGAGCUGAUGUGUUAAUUUUUAGCUUGUCAACAGCAAUCAUAAUGCACUGCUACGCACAGGAGAGAGAAGUGUUUCGCUCCAAGUACUUGGAUGUUCUUGAUUGGGUCUUUGGUGUGCCUCCGCCCCCAUGUGAAACCCCUCGCUGCAAAAACAGAUGAGCAGUUUGACGGGCUAUAGGGUUUAAGAAACGGUUAUAGCUGAGAAUUCUCUCAUCGUGAAUGAUGAAUAGUAUUUGUUUGCACCAAUAGGGCUAACAGCACCGAGGUGGACGUAGCAAAUAGCAAUGCAUUUUGCAUAACAGAUUACAUAGAAUUUAUGAUUCAUCACAUCGGCAAAAGCUUUCACGGGUUAUAACUUAAUGAAGAAAUUUUCAGUCUUUAAUUAUAUAAUUAAAACAGCAUUGUCUGAUCUCCAAACAAAGACCAAAAAAGAAAGUCAAAACCCUGAUUGGAACCGCAGCCCUAUUGGCCGCCGUUUCUUAAACCUCAUCGUCAUGUAGAAGCAUAUUAUGAUGCUGCUCAAUUGAAUCACUGUCAGCUCAAGCUCUCCUGUGAAAAUUCAGGAUUUUAGUAGCUAAAAUUUCAAAAAUAAAGAUAAAAGAGAGAAAAGAAGAGAGAUAAGAAGAAAUUUUAGAAUGUAGGAAAUGAGUGCAAUUGUAUUUUCGCCUGUAGCCACUUCUUUUUGUAAUAGUUUUGUAAUCA